AUCAGGAGGAUGGGUACGGCACCCCGCCACCAGCACCACGGCAACGGUAUCAACGGCAGCAAUUGCCACAACCAGCGCAGCGCCAGCAGCCCCAGCGGCAGCCUCUAUCCCCUCCACCUCCACCACAACGUCAGCAGCAGCAGCCCACGCCGCCGCCGCAGCUGCGACCACACCCCCAGCCGGUACAAAACCAUCAGCAGCGGCAGCAGCAGGCACCUCCACCUCCCCUACCGCAGCAGCAGCGCCAGCAGCCCCAGCCGCCUCUGCAAACCCAGGAAGAACCGCUACAGGACCAUUGGCAGCGGCCGCCUCGAUCCCCUCCACCUCCACCACAACGUCAGCAGCAGCAGCCCACGCCGCCGCCGCAGCUGCGACCACACCCCCAGCCGGUACAAAACCAACGGCAGCCGGCACCCCCACCUCCCCCACCGCAGCGCCAGCCACCGCUCCCGCCUCAACAGCAACGGCAGCAGCAGCAACCACCACCUCCCGGGCAAAUGGCUGGUCCUCGGCCACCUCCAAACGCCGUGCAACAAGCCGCCUGGGUUCGUGGUCGGCGGCAGAGACCUGCCCAGCAGCGGGGUAAGGACCCGGGCCCGCCGCCUAUACCCUUCCCUUGUGAUCGGGUACCGGGCGACACCAAGUGGUAUCAGUUCGGCAGGGUCCGCAGUGUGGGUGAGGGCGGGGAUGAGGUUGAAAGCGAGGAUGAGGGCGCUGGCAGCGGUGGGCGUAAAGCCAAGCUUCCAUCAAACGUGCCCCUUCUUUGCUGGCCUUCUCACGUGGUGAAGAAGAAGAAGUUUGGGCUUCUGGCUAUCCUCAAGAAGAUACCGGCGCAGAUGCCAGUCGGCAAGGAGCUCAACCACUACGAGUGGUGGUGUACCGAGGCCUUCGACUUCACCGUCGCGGAAUUCACUCAGGCCAAGAAGGAGACCUGGAAUGGAAUCCUGAACACGGUGUCCAAGUUCUUGGGCUUCUGCAGAUUCGUGGAGUGUGUACCCCCCAAGUUCAUCUCCCUGCGCUUGGCAGGCAACCCGACGUUGGUCAUCCGCUACCUCGACUUUAUGAUGAUGCGGUGUGCUGCUGCUCAUUUGGGGACUGAGGUCUGCCGCUUGAAGCGGCUGGUCGUAUACCUGGAGAGCUACGAUCCUACAUUGACGGACAAAGAGAGGGAGAAGCUCAUGGACAUGGUGGAGUGGCUCAAGAGGAUAUCCGACAGCUUCCGCCGAAGCUACCCUACGCCUGCCCCGCCGCCAUCUGAUGUGGACUCCGACGAGGAGGACGAGGACGGACCCACGGGUCUGCCUGACAAGGUGCUG